UGGGCACGGCGAGGCACUGACUCACCCUGCUGAGACACAGGAAGGAGGCGGCGGCCAAGUCCUCGGCUCUGCCAAGGAGCAGCCCUGAUGUGCAGGGCUGAACGUGGGAGAAAGCACUCCGGAGUGGGGUUUGCUGGGGAUAAGGGUCUCACAAGGCCAGGAGUGAGAUGGGGAAGGCCCGUCGAUACAUCAUGCUGUCCUCUCUCCCGCGGGAAUGCGUGAGCUGGGCAUUUUGAGAAGAUGAGCAAAGAAAAAGCAAGCAUGAAUGCUGACAUGGAGCAGCCCCAGCGGAACCUGGACGCAGAACAGAUGCAGCAGCAGCAGCUGAAACUACGGGACCGGCAGAAGUUCUUUGAGGAGGUUUUCCAGCAUGAUGUGGAUUUCUUCUUCCCAAUGUCUCACCUGCAGAUAGAGCACCGGAGACCCCCCUUAGGCAGCAUUUCCUCCAUGGAGGUGAACGUGGACAUGCUGGAGCAGAUGGAAGUGCUGGACCUGUCAGACCAGGACACUGUGGAUGUGUUUCUGGGCUGUGGGACAGAGGAGAGCAGCGCUGCUGGGUCUCUGCCAGGGGCAGAUGCCAGCCAGUGCCCAGAGGAGAUCACCCUGCCAGUGCCCAACGCAGCUGAGAGCAAGUCUCGCAUUUCCUCCACGUCCUCUGCCUCCACGGAUCUGAACAGCCUGGACACCAGCGAGGAGGGGGCCGAGACCCCCGUGGUGCAGUCGGAUGAGGAGGACCUGCAGGAGGACAGUCCCAAAGAGCAGGUGCUGGGAAGCUAGCAGCCAGCUCUGCCCUGCUCCCAGCCUCCUCCCUACGGACUUGCCAGCCCAGAAGAAGGAAAGCCGCUGGUGCUCAGUAAACCCCAUCCUGGACUGCCGCUCUGCCAGAGGGGAGAGAUGGUUUCACCCUCCUCUCCCUCCAUGUGUUCUCCUGGCAGCCAAAGGAGAAGGAAAGGGGUAUUGUAAGCUCCCAAAAUUAACUCUUCAGGCUUUGCUGCUAACACUCCCUGCUUCAUCCCCCCCAAACAUGCUCUGCAUCCCACAGCCCCACCAUUCCCAGAGAGCCAUCCCUUAGGAUCCCAGUUCCCCCUGCCCUACUGACAAAGGUUCUGUCCAGACAAGCACUUAACAACGGCACAGAGAGAAAUAACACUGAUCUAACCAA